AUGAAGACAUUCAACAUGUGUUCAACCAGGACUUUUCGUGGGCCUCAUGGAGAGUAUGAUCAGAUCUGCUUGUCACCCAAGAACUCAAAGGAAAACAGAUCUGUGUCUUGGGCCAGAGCAUGUGUUGGAACAGGAACUAAAUUCUGGAAGACUGAGAGUUCCUUGUAUGGAGAAACAAACCAAUUAGAGGAUAUGAUGAUUAUUUACAUAGAAAAGUCUACUGCUACUGCUAAGUCACUUCAGUCAUGUCCGACUCUGUGCGAACCCAUAGACGGCAGCCCAUCAGAAUCCUUGGGAUUCUCCAGGCAAGAACACUGGAGUGGGUUGCCAUUUCCUUCUCCAAUGCAUGAAGGUGAAAAAUGA